AUGAUUUGGGAUGUGAUCGUCGUAGGAGGCGGCCUCGCCGGGUCGGUCAUUUCCAACCGCCUUGCGGGGUACCGUCCAGAGCUCAAGAUCCUCGUAGUGGAAGCUGGGCCCAACGCCAACGAUCGGCAAGAUAUCGUCUGGCCUAACUCCACAAACACUAUUGGCGGAGAUUUUGACUGGAAGCUCGCUUCCGUUCCUCAGGUACACGUGGACAACCGGUCCAUCACCCUCGCCCAAGGAAAGGCUCUGGGCGGCGGAACUGUCAUCAAUAUGGGCCUGUGGACCCGGGGUGACAAAGUUGACUACGACCUCUGGGGUGAAGCUGUUGAUGAUGACCGUUGGACCUACGAUGGACUCUUACCAUACAUGAAGAAAGCGGAGACCUUCUGGAAUUCUACGAUCAACUCGGAUCAGCAUGGUUAUGACGGGCCAGUGGAAAUACAGUCCGUCACAUCAACAAAGCGACCAUUCCCUCUUCGUGAGAAGGUGCUGCAGUCGUGGCACGAAAUUGGCGUCGAACCCAUUCCGUUGUUUGAUGGCAAUGCCGGGAACCCUCUCGGUGUUGCCGAGUACACUGAGAACAAGAGCAAUGGUCGACGGGAGAUUGCCGCCGCAGUUUACUCCCUAGAAAAUGUGACAGUGCUAACGGAUACACAAGUCGCCAAGGUCCUCCUUUCUAACACGACUGAGGGGCUGAUAGCCACAGGUAUUGAGCUAGCGAACGGAACCCAUAUUUUAGGUCGGCAGACUAUUCUCUCAGCCGGUGCAGUUCAUACUCCGCAGCUUUUGAUGCUCUCGGGCAUCGGACCCCGUGAUGAGCUUGAGGCGGUGGGCGUUGACGUGAAGCUUGAUGCUCCUGAAGUUGGCAAGAACUAUGCCGAUCACUUCCUGUCGCCGUCAUCCUGGAAUGUCAAGAACCCUGAGGAAGGCUGGGCGGUAGGAUCUCCCGCAUUCCCGACAGCGGAACAGUACGGCUGGGGGACCGCCACAGAUUUCAUCGUCUGCUCCAGUGUACCAAAAGAGGGACUCGCCAAGGCUAUUGAAGAAGAUGAGGGUGCUGCACCCGGCCCCGAUCAUCCUCUCUUGAAGCAAGAACGUACCUUCUUCGAACACUUCUUCCUCUACUCUGGAUCUACCGACGGCUCAAAAGUCGCAAUCUCCGGCAUCUUCAUCUUGCCGACUUCGCGGGGCUCUAUCAAGCUUGCGUCUGGAAACAUUACCGACUCGCCCUUGAUCGACCCCAAUUAUCUCGCGACUGCCGUCGAUCGCUACAUCGUACGUGAGGGUAUUCGUCAGGAAAUUACUUUUGCUGGCAGCGACAAAACAGUUCUUGGCCGUGAGAUUCUGAACGGCGAAGCAGUUCCGGCAGGGUUUGACGAACCGUACACUGUGAACUCGACUGAUGAGUACAUCGAUGCAAGGAUUCGUGCUGCUGCUCGUUCCGUUCAUCAUCCGAUGGGCUCAGUAGCGAUGGGCAAGGUAGUUGGUGGCGAUCUCAAGGUCAAAGGGGUGCAAGGCCUGCGUGUUGUGGAUGCGUCAGUCUUCCCGGUGGUUAUCUCUGCUCAUCUUCAAGUGGCUACAUUUGCUCUUGCUGAGCAGGCUGCCGAAAUCAUUGCGAAAGAGUAUUAA